AUGGAUAAAGUCGCUGUUGAAUCUCCGCUUGUAAAUUCUCUAUUCAAAUGUCCAUUAUGUUAUGGACUUAUACGUUCUCCAACAGUUAUCAAUGAAUGUCUACAUCGAUUCUGCAAACUAUGUAUAACGAAUUAUUUUGAAAAAAAAAGUAAUAAUAAAUGUCCUACAUGUCAAAUCACUAUUGUCAAUCCAUUGGAGACACUUAAAUCUGAUCUCAUCUUUCAACGACUUUUAUAUAAAAUUUUUCCAUAUAUUUUUAAACGUGAAAUCGCGUGCAGACCUUCUCUACUAUCAUCGACCAUUACUAAUGAAUCAACACGUAUUUAUAUUGAUUCAACUAUUGAUGUUUAUCUCGAAUAUUGGGAUAUUUCAUUGGAUCUGUUUCCAAAUAGUAAUAAAACAUCUAUAGCAUUAUCUCCAUGUUAUUUGGAAUGUAAAGCUAAUACACCUUUAAUAUUAAUCGAAAAAUUUAUUCGAAUUAAACAUUCAUUACCAUCAGAACUUAAAAUUGAUCUUUUCUAUAAAACAUUUCUGUUAAAUAAAGAUCAUGAAAGAUUAAUUGAUAUAUGUUAUUGUUUUGAUCGAAUGAAUAAAAAUGAAACACUUGAUAUACGAUUUCUUGUUAGUCCAUAUGGUUAUAAAGCAAUUCUAAAUCGUAUUCGUCAAUUACGAAAUCCUAUUCCGUCAGCGAUUGAAAUUUCUGAACAACCUCCUUUACAAAUUGAAAUUUCCGAAAAACAAAAUAAAACGAUAUCAUCUUCAUCAGCAUCGUCAUCAUCAAAUUCUAGUUCAAUUGAUCCAAAAAUUAAAGUUAAAAUUCGUCGAUCGCAAACAUCCACAAAUAAUUGGUAUAUUCCACAAUCAAAAAAAAAUGAAGAACCCGUUGAAUUACCUGAUCUAGUCAAUUCAUGUGAAACAACUAAGAAAAUUACAAAACGUAAAGAACAACCAUUACAUCAAUCAUCUGUCUCACCAAAUAAAAAGAAACCUUGUGCAACAUCAACAUUUUUUUCUGUUGGUCAUACUUCACAACCGAAAAGUACGUCAUUAAUUAAAUCUCAGAGAAAACCUCAACGACGUACUCGUUUUAUUCCAACAAUGGUUCCAGGUCCUCCAUCAAUAUUCGAUCGUUUACCAAUGAAUCGAUAUGAUUAUAGUGAUGUAGAUUCAGAUAAUUCACCAAUAUGUUCGACGAAUAAUUUUCAUCAACAAUCAGUCACAACAUUACGACCAUCAGAAAUGGUUAUUGUUAAUGUUGAAGAAAAUGUACAGGAUCCAAUAGAAAUAAAACGAACACAAAAAACUGUUUGUAAAGUUCCACCAUAUAUACCAGAAACUCCAUCGAUAACCAAUUCUCCACCUGAAAAAUCUUUAUCAAUUGUUAAACCAACACCUAUCUAUCCAACAACAUCACCGAUUAGACGAACAUUAUUACCGAAAAAAAUUUCGACUAUAAUACCGACAUUAACAAAUCAAAUAACAUCAUUAGAUUUAAAUAAUGUAACUCCACUGGAUUUAAGUUUGAAAUAA